AUGGAUCUAGCAGAGAAGUCCCAGAAAGCAAACUUCUUGUUCAUCGAGGAGGAGGAGGACGAGGAAGAGCAGCAGCAGCAGCAACAACGACAACAGCAACAGCAGCGCGAGGAGGGAGAGCAGCUACCCAAAGGCAAGGACAACCCAAAGGCCCAAACGACGCAUCCGAAACGUCCAGCCACUCGUUCCAUUUCCGGCAGCAGCAGUGGGGAAGAAAGGACCAGGUGGUGUACCGUAUUGUAG